AUGAAAAUUCCACCUGAUGAUACUGUCGAAAUUGUUUCAUUUGAUUUAGCUGAACAGUUGAAAAUGUUGAUCAAUAAAAACAUUGAUCUUCUUAAAAAAUAUCAAGAUGAACCACGAACACAAAUUACAUCCGAUGCGAAUGAUAUUGUUCGCGGUGAUGUUUAUCAAUCUAUAUUACGUAUUGAAAAAGAUUCUUUUGUAUCUGUUAUGAUUCACAGUGACGGAAUUCCUCUUUAUAGAUCUAAAAAUUGUAAUGCGUGGCCUAUAUUGGGUGCUGUCUUGGAGCUUCCUCCUUAUUCUCGAAAUCGUGCUGAUAAUACUCUUCUUCUUGCUCUUUGGAUAGGGAAAAAACCAAACUUUAGUAUUAUAUUUGAAAAAUUUUCUGAACGAUUAUUUCACCUUAAAAAUAAAGGUAUUGAAAUAAAUAAUAAUAAUAAAAUUAAAAUUAUCCUUCCUAUGCUCAUAGGCGGCAUGCCUGCUUUAUCUACAAUGGUUAAAUUUGUAGAGCAUAAUGCUUUAUAUGCAUGCAUGUUUUGCAACACUAAAGGAACCUAUACACUGAAAAAAAAAAGUUACAUACGGAACUUAAAAAAGGUUCCGAGAUUUGCAACGAAAUCUAAACCUUUUUUCGGCUUCGUAUAA